AUGUAAUGGAUUACAUGUGAUCCAUUACUCCCUGACCCUGUGUAUAGGUUUUGACAUAGAUUAAUGUGUAAACUCAAACAAAGAAACAAAUUCCCUGUGAUUUUCAGCCUUGGUAAUAUAUUGAUCUCUUCCUCUUACCAAACCACAUAGCAUAACACAGGUGGUGCUCUCCAGAUUGCGUAAGCCUACCUUUGUAAAAACGGUCUAGAAUAGUCAUCAUUUCCCAGAAGUCAGAGUGAAUUCAUAAGAACUGAGUGACUUGAGCACCUUUGAAUGGGGCUUGUUUACGUGCAUGCUAUUUCAACCCAACAGUCACAUGUAUAUUUUUAAAUUAAAGAAUUUGUACUCUUGGAUGGGUCUGGUGAAGCAGAAUGAAGGUGCUCAUUCUUAGUAGGCUGAGAAGUGUUGUUUACUUAUGGUACAGCCUUGAUGAUCACCUGAGCCUCAACAUUCCAGUCCCUCAUGCGUAACGAACAUACUGUACGGCUCUCUGGUGCAAAUCAUUGACUGUGAAAAGUGUUGUGUUAUCAGAAGUCAUGUCUUAUUGGCCAAUUAUUUGCUAAUACCUUAAAAUAAACGGUUACUGCUAACGCAUGCCAACAGGCUACAUGCAUCUCUGAGGCAAUCUAUUCAGCUAACACUGAUAGGCUAGCGUUGGUGCACAACUGUUACGGAUACAGCUAUUCUGUGUGUGUAUCCUGUGUGUGUGUGUGUGUGUGUGUCUUUUCCCUCCUUCUCCCCUCCUCACAGGUGGCAAUCAUUAUUCCCCAAUAAGUCAUCAAUCAGUCGCUAAUCAGAAGACACAUCUCCUCCUGUUUCCAUUACCCAAUCACAUCCCCUUUCCCUUGGUUUAAAAACCCAUUCAGUUGUUUCCUCUGGAGCUCAUUACCUCUGUCCUUACCUCUGUCAUACAGUCUCUUGGUAGUUCUCUUGUUUGUUUUAGCACCUCCAGAUCACUUUGUCCCCACCUAUUCAUGGGCAUUUCUGUGAGCUGGAGAAUGAUGGAGAGGGCUCCGACCUCUCUGAGGAGGAUGACAAGAACAAGCUGGCCUACUGUGUCACAGACGUCCCAGCCUGGUACCUAUGCAUAAUCCUGGGCAUGCAGCAUUUACUGACAGCGUUUGGGGGGAUAAUUGCCAUCCCUCUGAUCCUGUCUCAGGGUCUGUGUCUGCAGCACGAUGGCCUGACCCAGGGUCACCUCAUCAGCACCAUCUUCUUUGUGUCAGGUGUGUGCACCCUGCUGCAGGUCACCUUCGGAAUCAGACUGCCCAUUGUUCAGGGGGGUACCUUUGCCUUUCUAGCUCCCUCCAUGGCUAUGCUGUCAAUGCCAGAGUGGACAUGCCCUGCCUGGACCCAGAACGCUUCCCUGGUCAACACCACCUCUCCUGAGUACAUAGAUGUGUGGCAGAGCCGCAUGCGAGAGCUGCAGGGCUCGAUCAUGGUGGGCUCUUUGUUCCAGGUGCUGGUGGGUUUCUCUGGACUCAUUGGUUUCUUCAUGCGUUUUAUUGGCCCCCUUACCAUCGCACCCACCAUUUCUCUGAUUGGCCUGUCCCUGUAUGACUCGGCUGGAAUGAGCGCAGGGAACCACUGGGGCAUCUCCACUAUGACAACUGCUCUGAUCAUCCUGUUCUCCCAGUACCUCCGACACAUCCCUGUACCAUUCCCCACAUACAACAAGACCAAGAAACUCCACACCUCCAGGAUCUACAUCUUCCAGCUUCUCCCUGUGCUCCUUGGCAUCACACUGUCAUGGCUGAUCUGUUACAUCUUCACCAUCUCUAAUGUCCUGCCCUCCGAGCCGGAGCAGUACGGCUACCUGGCUCGCACAGACCUGAAGGGGGAUGUCAUAAGCCAGGCCCCUUGGUUCAGAUUCCCAUAUCCAGGUCAGUGGGGUUUGCCAACUGUGAGCCUGGCGGGAGUGGUAGGGAUCUUGGCUGGGGUGUUAUCCUCCAUGAUAGAGUCGGUGGGGGACUACCACGCCUGUGCCAGACUAUCAGGGGCCCCUCCACCCCCUAAGCAUGCCAACAACAGGGGCAUUGGCAUUGAGGGGAUUGGCUGUCUGCUGGCUGGGGCCUGGGGCACGGGCAACGGAACCACCUCCUAUAGUGAGAAUGUGGGUGCACUGGGCAUCACCAAGGUGGGCAGUCGCAUGGUGAUCGUUGCUGGUGGGGCAUUGAUGAUCAUCAUGGGACUUUUCUGUAAAAUUGGAGCAAUUUUCACCACCAUCCCCACACCUGUGAUUGGAGGAAUGUUCUUGGUCAUGUUCGGGGUCAUUUCUGCAGCUGGAGUUUCAAAUCUGCAGUAUGCAGACAUGAACUCCUCCCGGAACGUGUUUAUCUUUGGAUUUUCCAUGUUUUCCGGGCUUGUCAUUCCAAACUGGAUAUUCAAGAACCCGGAUGCCAUAGCAACAGGUGUGGUUGUGCUGGACCAACUGCUGCAGGUGCUUCUAACAACCAGCAUGUUUAUUGGAGGCUUCUUUGGGUUCUUCCUUGACAACACCAUUCCAGGCACCCUGCGGGAGCGGGGCAUCAUGGACUGGAACAAGAUCCCCCUUGAUGACUCCAGCAACACUUUGGAGAGCAGUGAGGUGUACAACCUUCCAUUUGGAAUUAGCUCUUGUCUCUCCUCCUUCUCCUGGGUUCGAUAUGUGCCGUUCAUCCCUCCAAAUGCACCAAGCUCACAGGACGAGGCCAAGGUGGACUCUUUGGCGACCAAGCAGCAGCCUGUGAAGCCAGAGGUUAUCAGAUCAGUGGCCCUAUGAACACUGUGCAGGACCAGACACGGGCUAAAACAACAACAAUAAGCGAGGCAGCUCUCGUGACAUGGUCCUCCCGUUCUGUUCUAUUUUGUCGAAUAUUUUAUACUCAUAUCUUGUAAAGAUUUGAUUAUACAUUUUCUAAAUUAACUUUUGGCAAUAAUAUUUUGCCAUUUGUGUGGUGUACAUACAUUUUUGUUGUGAUACAUCUUUUUUUUUUUUUUUUUUUUUUACAGUAAAGUGUUGUAAAAAUAUACAUUUUUUUUAUGGAACUUGUAUUUUACUGAUAACACACUGUAUAGGAACCAUACAAUAAUUGGACUAAAAUCACUUUUAAAGUUUCAAAAAUAAUAAUAUCUGUAAAUAUACUGAUUUUUUUUCAGAACUACAUUUCCAAUUGUGUUCAGGGUAGCACUAGUAAUAAACCAUUCCAAGAGUUUUAAAUACUAACAAAAAUCUAAAAACUGCAAUACAUUUUAAUCAUAUCUCAAACUGUAAAAUUGAUUCGGUGAUACGAUAGUACAAAGGUAGCCAAUGAAAUCAUUCUUGACACUACCUAUCAUGAUUAAUGGAAAAGUUUUGAAAAAUGGAGACCAAUGGAGCCCUGCAAAUGAAGACGACAAUAUGUAUCAGUACAGUAUCAAUCCACAACAUAGAGCUAUCAUUUAUCUGUGAGGUUUUUCCUCAGCUGUCACUGUCAGGUCCUGCUUGAUGGCUCUGUACAAGCUGAGAAAGAACUCUGCCAGUGGUCAGCACAGUGCACUCAAAGUCCUCUGGGCGAUUGGAAAGAUCAGAGAUCAGGAGACAGAUAUCCAAGGAAAAAUGUCUCACCUCAAAGAGUACAUUCACAUCCUCUAUAGCGCUCUGAAAGGUGGGGUUCACCAUUGACGUCAUCUCUCUCUUCACUCUAACAGCUGGUGGGUAAAGGGCUGAAUGAGGGAGAGAGAGAAAGAAUGUUAACUCUUUUCUCUCUAAGUCUUGCCAAAGGUUUCAUUGUGUGAUGUGCUGUAGAGCAUGUGGCUUGAACCAUAUUUAUUGCAUAUUAAGAUUUGUCUUAAUGUCAUACUCUAUACAUGAUUUAUAAACAGUGUGUGUUAUUCUCACAGGGGAAACACAAAGAAAUGGGUUGCUUUGUGUCACACUCCAAUUCAAAGAGUUGCCAAAUUGAAUGUGGUUACACCUCUUAGCCCUAUUAGUAAUACCUCAGUCUAUGUGAGGAUGUGAAAUUCUUUCUAUAUGAGUAAAUCUAGUGAAACGUUAUUCAUGUAAAAGGGGAGGUGGUUGUCUUUUUGCUGUUUGAAUAAAAGUCAGCCAUGUCCAAAUAGACCUAGUUGUGUCCUUAA